AUGGUGGUAACUGUCGGUUGCCAACUUCAGGGUCUAAUGGUUCCCACGACCGGAGGAGUGAAUGUUGUAGUGACCGGUGGUGGGGGUGAUGUGCUUGUAGGAAGUGAGGGAAUAAGAGGAGGGAGUGGAGGCAAUGGAACUGAUGGAAUUAAGGGCGGCAAUGGCACUGAUGGAAUUAGAGGCGGCAAUGGUGGUAAUGGAUUUAGAGGAGGUAAUGGCACUGAUGGAAUUAGUGGAGGCAAUGGCGGCAAUGGUAUCAGUGGAGCCAAUGGCGGUAAUGGAAUUAGAGGAGAUACUGGCGGCAAUGGAUUGAGAGGAGGUAAUAGAGGUAAUGGAGGUAAUGGAAUUAGAGGAGGCAAUGGAGGUAAUGGAAUUAGAGGAGGCAAUGGCACUGAUGGAGUUAAGGGAGGCAAUGGCGGCGAUGGCAUUGAGGGCGUUGGAAGUGAUGAUGGGGCGUCGGGGAAGCCAUUUGAUAGCGUAAGUGGAGGGACCGGUGGUAAGAGGCGGCUUGCUUCGGUUGCUUGGAGGUUGCUGGAGAAAACGAGAGUUAUAAGGAGAGGGAGAAUGACGAGGGAAGUAGAAGCUACGAAUUGGAAUGAAGUCUUUGAAGAAAUUUGUGGUUAUAUAGGCGUAGGCCAUUAA